AUGGAGAUGAGAUACAAUACCGAAGUGAAUCUUAGGAAGGGAACAGAAGAAGCACUAGCUAGAAAAAAGGAAGAAGUAGAGAAACUGAAGCUUCAAGUGGUAAAUCUCAAAAUCAAACAUGAAAAUAUGUGUAUCAAGGCUGAUGACUUGGAGAGCAAGUACCAGAGCGAGCUGAUUCUCAAUAAAUCUCUUAUUAAUAAUACAGAAAAACAAGUGUGCGAGACAGUCAAACGUAUAACUAACUUUUUGCAAGAUAGCAAUGCGAGUAUAGAGAGGGACAAUGCUCUCAAACUAGUCCAUGAGAUCACAAAAAAGCAUGAGGAUAUGUGUAUCAAGGCUAAGGAGUUCGAGAACAAGUACAAGAACAAGCUGAUCCUCACGAAAGCUCUUACUAAAGAAAAAGAAGAGCUCGAGAAAGUCAAAGGUCUAAUAAUUGAAUCUUAUAAAAUAAAUGCGAGUGUGAUGGAAAAAGAGAGGGACAACGCUCUCAAGCUAGUCGAUGAGCUCACAACAACAAAGAUAAUAGAAUCGUUUAUUUGCCCUAUCUCGCAGGAGGUUAUGAAAGAUCCACAAUUAACAGCUGAUGGAUAUACAUACGAAGCAGAAGCUAUUGCGAGCUGGUUUAACACAGGUCACAAUACAUCACCAAUGACAAAUCUCAAGCUUUCUCACACCAAUCUUGUCCCUAACCGCGCUCUUGGGUCUGCGAUUCAGGAGUUGGUUUGA